AGUGUGCCACUUACUCUGACUACUCCCUUGUCUCUCCCGGUUGUAUAGACAGCGAGCAAAUCUGAAAACUGCGGCAACCACGACGCGACACUUCUUUUUACUGAUUUCGUAAUACUAUUCCCUAUAAAGCCAAAACAAAUUGCAAAUUCUCAUGGCAUUAAGACUUUCAUCCGUUGUAUCCUCCACAGUGGUUCGUCGUCGGAUACCUCUGGUGGGUGCCUUUUGUGUGCUUAGUUUGGGUCUCUCAAAUCUUUGCUCGAUUUCUCUAACCUCCAGAACUGGGUUUAUCCAGUCUCUCCCAUUUGUUCCUCUCUUAAGUUCCAAAUUUGGCGCACACGCACAGACACAGAAUAGGAAAGUUCAUAACAUAAGCAUGGAAGCGAGCAAGAAUACUGUGCCUAGCAUUGUUGUCUAUGUUACAGUUCCAAACAAAGAAGCAGGGAAAAAACUGGCAGAGAGCAUAGUCAAAGCACGGCUUGCUGCAUGUGUUAAUCGAGUCCCAGGAGUUGAAUCAGUUUAUGAGUGGAAGGGAGAGAUACAAACUGAUUCUGAAGAGCUGCUUAUCAUCAAGACCAGGGAAUCUCUACUAGGAGCUUUGACAGAGCAUGUGAAAGCAAAUCAUGAAUAUGAAGUGCCUGAAGUGAUUGCCUUGCCCAUUACUGGUGGCAACCUUCCAUACUUGGAGUGGAUUAAGAACAGCACACGGGACUAAGGCGAUCAGAUGCAGUAUGGGAACAGAUUAUAUCAAAUAUAAGUCUGCCUGGAAACACUGCCUCUCAUUGUAAAUUCUGACAGGCUAUUUCAUCUGUGGAUCGUUUCAUAUCUGCAUAAUGAUAUUCUGCUGUGAAAAUUUUCUUCGCCUGCCUAAGAUGGUAGAGUUAGGAACUGCUUUUAUGCAUAGCGCGUUAUCUCUAUGUACUAGAUCUGAUGUGCAUGCUUUGAGUUAAGAUGAUUCCUGUGCAUGUCUUAUGCAGUGCAUUAUAAACUUUGUGUUCACUGUUCAGUAUCAUGAGUUAGGAUCAAUUACCUACA